CCGAGCUGUCGAACGCUCACAUACAUCAAGGCGCCUGUUCACAGAUUCGCGCGAGUUUAAAAAAUUCUACAAAACUCGACCGUUUUGUUUAAAAUAAAUGGAAUCUCUGCCCUGUUUUUUUCAACUCCUUUUUUCUUCUAACGUAAACUAGACAGCUAAGUGUUUCUAAAAGUUUUUAUGAGUUGACUGAGGAAGAAGUCGGGGCCAACAACAACUCUUUCUUCAUAUUAAAACAGAUAAGAGUUAGCUAAUGUUUGUCGACCGUAAUAUUAAUUCAUUCGUAGUCCGUCUUGAAUACAUGUUCUUGACACACGACGCAGAAACGACCUCUACCUUUUUCUUUACAAGACUUGCUAAACCUGCCCGUGACGUCAUUGUAGCGAAUAAGUCCCAGAAGCGCUCGGAGACACCUCGUCUGUAAACUAAUUUGCGCCGUCCCUUUAUAUGUGUAAGUACUCUCCCCUUUCGACGACUGAACCAAACAGUCUUUAUUCAAGAAGCCGCCAUCGAUUUGGUUCUUCCGUAACUUCCGUAAACGAGGACAUUUGGAGGUUUAACACGGCAGUGGAAAUUACGUGUCUCAUCAAAUACUAAAGUCAAAAGGAUGGAAUCAAAUGGCAUUGCUGGCAAACACGGUAUGGAGGGGGAUGCAGACCUGCAGUUCCUGCUGACAGGGGGGGACCUUCUGAAAGUGCGCUCCAGCUCCUGGAAGAAGACGCGCUUCUACAAACUGCAGGAAGACUGUAGGACGAUGUGGCAUGAGUCCCACAAGAAGCUCAAGUCCAAGCAGACGUUCUCCCUGGAUGACAUCGAGGCAGUGCGGGCAGGCCGGCAGUCGGAGGGGCUGCAAAAGCACACGGAGGAGCAGGUGGAGGGCCGCUGCUUCUCAAUCAUCUUCAAGGGCCGCCGGAAGAACCUGGACCUGAUUGCCAGCUCCGAAGAGGAGGCCAAGCAGUGGGUCACUGCCCUGGAGAAGAUCCUCAGCAACAUGCGCAACCUCAGCCAGCAGCAGAAGACUGAGCACUGGAUCCUCAACUGCAUGCGCAAAGCAGACAAGAACUGUGACAACAAAAUGAGCCUGAAGGAGCUGAAGCACUUCCUGCAUCAGGUCAACAUCGAGGUGGAUGACGACUACGCUGAGAUGCUAUUUGAGAAAUGUGACCAUUCCAAGUCCGGUCAUCUGGAGGGGCCAGAAAUUGAGCAAUUCUACAAACUGCUGACGGAAAGGGAGGAGAUCGAUGUGAUUUACGGGAAGUACGCCCAGACAGAUGGCCAGAUGAGUGGCACAGACCUCCUGAACUUCCUGCUCAGGGAGCAGCGACAGGCUGUCUCCCUGGACGAUGCUCUCAAGAUCAUUGAGAAGUGCGAGGUGGAUGACACAGCCAAGGAUAAGCAGCAAAUGACCAAAGAUGGCUUUCUGAUGUACCUGCACCAACCGGAGGCCAUGAUUUUGAACCCCGCUCACAAGGAGGUGUACCAGGACAUGACCCAGCCCCUCAACCAUUACUUCAUCUCCUCUUCCCACAACACCUACCUGAUGGAGGACCAGCUGAAGGGACCCAGCAGCACUGAGGCCUACAUCCGGGCCCUGAUGAAGAGCUGUCGCUGUGUGGAGCUGGACUGCUGGGAUGGAUCCGAGGGUGAGCCGGUCAUCUACCAUGGCUAUACGCUCACCUCCAAGAUCCUCUUCAAAGAUGUCAUCAAAGCCAUUAAGGAGUACGCCUUCAAGACCUCUGAGUACCCUGUGAUCCUCUCCCUGGAGAACCACUGCAGCGUGGAGCAGCAGAAACUCAUGGCCAAACACAUGACCUCAAUCCUGGGCAGCGCUCUGCUCACCGAGCCCCUGGGAGACCAAAUGCCCACAAACUUCCCUUCACCUGAGGAGCUGAAAGGCCGCUUCCUGAUCAAGGGGAAACGCCUGAACAAACUGGACGCCUUCUAUACCCUGGAGAGCACGGUGGAGGACUACAGCGUGUCCGAGGAUGAUGAGGCCGCAGAUGCGCAGGAGGACGAGGAGAAAAAGCCCAAGAAAUCUAAGCUAAAGAUGGCAAAGGAGCUUUCUGACAUUGUCAUUUACUGCAAGAGCGUCCACUUCAAUGGCUUUGAGGAUGCAAGAGACAACAAGGCUUUUUACGAAAUGUCUUCUUUCAAAGAGGGAAAAGCUGUGAAGCUUGCAGAAGAGUCAGCAAACAACUUCAUUCACCACAACGUGAACAAGCUCAGCCGAAUCUACCCGGCAGGAUCCAGGGCUGACUCUUCCAACUACAACCCAGUGUCCUUGUGGGCCGCUGGCUGCCAGAUAGUGGCCCUGAACUUCCAGACCCCCUCCAAGGAAAUGGACCUGAACCAGGGCUGCUUCCUGCCCAAUGGGAUGACUGGCUAUAUCCUGAAGCCUGCAUACCUCCGGGAUGCCACGUCCGAGUUUGACCCCAUCACGCUGACCCGCGGCGAGUGGUUGCAGCACAAGACACUGCAUGUCAUGGUCAUCUCAGGCCAGCAGCUGCCCAAAAUUAACAAGAAGAAGCAGAAAUCCAUCGUGGACCCGCUGGUGAGGGUGGAGAUCUAUGGGGUGCCAGCCGACAUGGCUGAAAAAAAGACCCACCACGUCGAAAACAAUGGUUUCAACCCCAUGUGGAACCAGCAGUUUCAGUUUGAGGUGUACGUGCCAGAACUGGCUCUGGUGCGCUUUGUGGUGGAGGAUUACGACUCGACCUCUCAGAAUGAUCUCAUUGGACAGUACACCCUGCCCUUCACCAGUUUACAGAAUGGAUACCGGCACAUUCCUCUGCUCACAAAGAACAGUGACGUCAUCCCUUCAGCAGGACUGUUUAUGCACAUCAUGGUCGUUGAUGCUCAAUAAUCUCCACCCUCACCAGUCCCCCAGAUCUUCAAGCCAAAGCGCAGACUACUGAAGCUGCAUACCCUGUUUUACCCCGAAGACAUUUCAGACCCCCUGAUUCUGUGCCUCCACAGCAGUACCCACCUUUGACAUUUCUUUUCUUAGUCUCAGAACAGCAGAGGAGUUCUUUUCAGACUAUUUUAAUGUUCUUUCAGUGAAACAUUGGAAAUCUGUUUUUAUCUGGGGUUGAAUUUAAAGAAACACCAUGCAUUCUGACCUAUGAUGACACACAGAACAGUCAAAUCAGCUCACAGUCCAGUAAAAGCCCUACAUAUAGACAUGCAUUACACCAUUUGAUCAUUUUAUAUUAAAGAAAAUACUCCUACUACAUUACAUUCUUAUCCGGAGCAGC